CUAUGUUUAAAUUUAAAAAGUAAAUAAUUAUUCUAGUGUAAGGGAUUCUACUACUUAUAAAAUUGUUUUUUAAAGAAAAAAACUACUAACAGAAACUAUCAGAACUACUGACAGACGAAUUCAUGUUUCUUUUCCCAUAUAAUCUCAAAUUGUGUCGAUUAGGACAUGAUACGAGUAUAUAUAGAGACAUUGCUAAGUACAUAAUAUGAGUAUAAUAUGAUAAUACCUAUAGUAUCAAUAUUUUUUCGUGAAGUAAACAAAAUUCGAUAUCGUGUCCAUGGCAUGUGCGGUGUACUAUCGGUAAACAUAUGUUAAAUUUAAAUUAUAUACAACUAUAUACAAAGAUGGGCAUUAAUUAUGUAGUUUAUUUUAUAAUAAAAUUUUUAACUUGACUAGUUUAAUUGAUAGUUGAAAUAACUGAGCUUUUCACAGUUGAUUUAAAAAUAAUAUAUCAAGUUAAAAAAAUUUGAAAUUUUUUGUUUCUACAUAAAUAUUAAUAUGAAAAUUAAAUCAUUAUGUAAAGUAAAAUGGUCGCAUACACUAUACAUCAGAUAUAAUAUUAGAUUUUGUAGGUUGAGGGCCCAUCUUUGGGUAUUGGAUUCUGGUUGUGGAUAUAGAAUGUUAUGUAUAAAGAAUUUGAACUAUAAAGAUGAAUAAAUAGGGUAGUGAGUGGUCCCUUGAUGUACUAUGUCUUAGUAUUUUUCAAAAAUUUCGUCGCUUCUGCUGUAAAUGAUGAUAAAAAAUUAAAAUAACUAUACACAUUUUUUUUAGGUUUUUUUUGCAAAUUUUGCAAUUAUAUCAUCAAAUGUGAAUUGUUUGGUAAUAUCUUAGUUGAUUGCAAGUAAUGACAAUGAAUCUUGUCUUUCUUGGAUUAAAGACGAGCGCAUGUGAGUUGUAAUACUUUUAAAGGUAGAAAAUGAACUUUCAUUUCUACAAAUCGUGCAUGGCAUUGACAAAUAUAUUUGUAAUAUAUUGUCUACGUCAUUGACGUACAGAGGGCGGAUUUGAGACUGAAACCUCCCAAAAAAAUAUUUUGUACAUUAGAUAAUAUUGUAGCUUCCCGUUUUGUCACUAAUAAUUAAUAUUACCAUGAUGAAUGAUUAUUUUUUUCCAAAUUUGAUUAAUAUGUUAGAUACACAUUUAUAGUUCAAUAUAAUAGUACAUGAUAACGUGUUUGUGUUUGUGGCAAUCGUCGAUUAAAUAUUUAAUUGAAAAUCAUUUUUAGAUUUAUGGAUACUAGUGUACUCUACACACUAGUGAUUACUAUGUGGUAAUAAUAAUAAAAAAAAAAAUGAUUAUUUGAAAAUGAAUGGUAAUGAUAUACUUGUAUAUAAGGAAAAUAUUAAAAAUUGGUGAGCUCCCAAAACAAAAAUCUUGGGGAUAUUUUUAAGACUUAAUGUCGGGAAAUGAUUUUUUAAAUCUUAAAACUGCAUUGAUUCACUUAUAAAAUUAUCAGUACCUUAAUCAUCUGAAUAUGUAUUUAGUAUAUAUGUUAUAAACAUUAUUUUAUUUCUGAUCUAUCAAUAAGAGAAAACCAAAAGGUUUUUGAUAAAAUAAAUGGUAUUUAUAAUAAUAACAAUUCAAGGAACAAAUAUUAUCUAAGCAAAUUUUGUUUUAGUACCUACUCGAUGACACAUUUUAGAUUAUUUUAUUAUAUAACUGUUCAGGUCGAGGCCGAAGACAAGAAACGGAGUGACAACAGAAUAAUAAUAAUAAUAGUAAUAGACAUAGUAUAGAUAAAUGAUAAAUGAAGUAAUAAGAAAAUAGGUAGAAGACCUGGUUAGAGAUACUUUAGGGAUAGUUAAAAGUAUGGGGUCUUAAUGUGCAUGACGCAUCACGGUAAAUAAGUGAGUUUAAUAAAUAGUUCGAUGAAGAAAAAGGAAUACGAAAAACAGGGAUGUUUCUAGUGUCUCUGCAAUAUAUGUACAUUGUGUAUAUGUUGACGUUGUGUUCGGUUUUCAAGUCGUAAAACUAUCCAAUAAAAUUCAUCGACGGUGCGCUGAAAAUCGAUUAUAUAUGUACUGUAAAAGUUUCCCACCAAAAACCGAACGCGCUUCGUUCUCGGAUUGUAUGGAACGAGCAAUAUUUCGGUGUUCCCGGACGAAUAAUUUUACCGUAAGUCGGAGAUGGGGGGGGGGGGGGAAGGGGGGCGAUAUGUUGUGGAAAUAUUCUGGUACGAAAUCCAACCGUUAACCACCGUCGCACCGGGCCUGUAUGGUACACGGACGCGGUAUUGUACGUUCUCGCCGCGCCCGUACCGACGUGGUGGGAUGAAAUUUCAUCGGCAACGCACGCCGUUCCCAGGCGGCGGCAGCGCACCGCGUGUCACAGGUGUUCGUCGAUCGCCGUUACGGGUACGGGCGCGUCGGCGAGCCUCGUGCCGGGACGAGCGCCGGCGUCGCGUGCGUCACACGCCGUUUCGCUGACGAUAAGUGCCCGGCGGUGUUCACUGUCCCCAAACGUUCAGUCCUCGCAAGCGCAGCCGGACCCACAGUCGACCCGUACGGUACCGCCAUCCGUUCCGGACGUGGGUUUUUUUUUGUUCCCCUCCGCCCUUCAACAACGCCGCCGAUCGUCAAUCGAUCUCUUCCCGCGUCGCCCGACCGACACGCGAUCGGGUCACGCGCCAAACAUGUCCUGCACGAGUCACCGGCAACCGGACUACAGCAACGCGUACGCGACCGGCGGAUGCCGCGACCCGGCCACGUACGGCUGCUGCAACGACGACUCCAACUGCAGCUCCCCGUGCUCGUCGUCGUCGUCGUCAAGCGACGGUUGGCCGAAGGACGUCGGCAACGUUUCGCCGUCGGCCAAGGACGAGAAGGUUCGCGCGGUCCAGGGCAAGUGGUUGAAGAUGCUGUGGACGAUGAUCGACCGAGCGGAUAUGCCGGCCGAGCACAAGACGCGCGGCGCCAAGCAUUCGACACCGCAACACCCGGUCAAGACCAUUCUCCGACCGCCCACCGAGUACGUCUACGUGAUCGGCAUGUCCGGGCUCCCGUCCAAGGUGGCCGUCUACCCGAAGCGGACGUAAAUCGUCCACCGCCUCCUCCUUCACACCAAAACCUACCCCUAGGUGUGGCCCGCACGACCACAUAUGCAGCAGCCGCAAACAACACUCGACCGGCCACCAAAGGCGUCCCGUGCAUAUCUCCUGUCGUCAUCGAUCUCUAUCAUUUUGAUCUCGCACCACAUCCACCUUCGUUGAUGUAUAAUGUACACACACACACACACACACACACAAAUGUACAAAUCAUCUUCUACGUAUACCGCGUUAUAUUUCUGUUUAUAUUGAGCCACUUUAAGGUUAAUAUAAAUAUUUUUUUAUUCAAUUAUUUUUUUUUUAUAUCCAACCAUUUACCAAAUCGACUAUGAUUUUGGAGUUAAAUAAAUGUAAUUCGACAAAGAUCUAUUUUUAUAUCAACGAAGUCUGUAUUAAAUACAAAACAUGUAAACGACUAGUAAUA